GACUACAUCAUGGCAGACAACAAAGUACAUUGUUUACAAAUUUCGGCUACUCAAGGCGAUGCGAAUAAUUCCUCAUUCAGUUCAUCCUCGCCAUCUAUAAUUUGCAAAUUGUGUUUAAAUGCUGAUGCAAAGUACACUUGUCCACGCUGCAACAUCAGUUAUUGUUCUGUUCAAUGUUAUCAAAGUGAGAAACAUGGUGGAUGCUCUGAAGCCUUUUAUAAAGACUGGGUCUUAAACGAGCUUAAAGAAAUGACCAAUGGGCCAGAAGACAGACAAAAAGUUUUGGACAUGCUUAACAAAGAUUUGGAACAAAAGGCUGAUGAAUCAGAUGAAGAUCUUGAAGAUGACCUUGCAGAAAGAAUUUCUGGCUUAGAUCUGGAUAAAGAAUACAGCUUGGUUUGGAGUAGACUAACUCAAAAAGAAAAAGAGGACUUUGCGCGCAAACUUCAAGAUGGACGGUUGUCUCAUUUGAUUGAAAUUUGGACACCUUGGUGGAGAUCUGAGAUAAAUCAUAGCCUCAUCUCAGAACAAGAAAAAAAUAAUAAAAGUGCUAAAGAACAAAUGCCCACCUGUUUACCUGAUGUGCCUGACAUAAAUGAUAUUCUUAAAAAAAAUAAACCUUCUGCUAAUUUAAGAUUUAACUUGAUAAACAUCUUAUUUUCUUAUGCGUAUAUAACAAGAGUUCACAAUGGAAAUCACUUAGAGUGCCCUUUUGAUAGUGCUCAGGACUUGAUGGAGUCGUGUCAGGUUCUAAAAGAUCAAAGUAACUUUUCUAGUGUUGGUGAAGCUGUUCAAACUGGAAUAGAAUUUCUUCAUAAAAAAGGAAAAGAAGUCAAAGAUCAAGCAUCAACUAAGUUCUUUUUUACACUUCUGGAGGAUGUGAAGAUGAUCAUAUCUGGUCCAGGCAGGGUACCAAACCUCACAUUUAUGUCUUCUGCCCUGUCAGACCUUGUUGUAUUAUUAAAGUCAUCACUUACUGUGAUUAAAGCAGAGCUUCUUGAUCAAGAAAACCCAUCGGAAGAUUUGAAAUCAUUAAAAUCAGCUGUCUUUAAAGCAGAGAAGAAAUUGCUUUUCUUACUGAGCUGGCUUCAGCGGUAUGGAAUGGGAAUGCAUCAGCUUUUGCCAAUAUUACAGUUUGAAAUAGAGACAAAACAUUCAGAAUAUGAGGAGGUGAAUACAGUCAAGUCCUUCAUUGAAGAAAAUUUGACUACUGUCAAGACAGAUAAGCAGGUCCAUAAUGGAAUUUGUGAUAAAAUUGUUGAACUUAAUUAAAGGUUUUUUUCACAUGUAAAAAGUAAUAAACAAUUACAAAAUUUAAUUUAAAAAUGCAUUUGUUUUUAUAAAAGAAAAACAACAUAACACAUUGGCCUCAUAAAUUUAUUCAUAUUAAAAUAAAACAUGAAGCUGUAUG